UUGCACACAUCAGGGAGAGUGGUACCGACAUCUGCCCUACGAGCUAUCCUGUGAAUAUCAUGUGCCAAGUCGUGGGUACUCCAGAUUUAGCCUUCCCCAAUUUUGCACAAAAUGUCACUUGUGAUGUCUCCAAUGGACUUCUCUGCCUCAAUAAGGAUAAUGCCCCAUUGUGCAAAGACUACCAGAUUCGAGUAUGCUGUAAUCCGAUAACCACUACGCCCUUCACAGUGUCAUCAACAACCAUACAAUCAACUGAAUCUCCAUCAACAACUGUAACAUUCCAGCCUUCUAGCAAAUCUUCAGCAACCACUUCAAUAACUUACAAACCAACAACUGAGACAACAACCGUGACACUGCCAACCACAACAGUAACAUCCAUUUCAACAAAAUCGUCAAGCACAACGCCAUCGAAAUCUACAAUCAACACGUCUCCACAAACUCCCACCUGCCCUCCAUGCAAAACCCCAGUCCAGCCAGUAUGUAAAAACAAGGCUCUACCACAACUUGUCAAGAAAGGAUGCUGUGAAGAAUACGAGUGCCCAUGUUUUUGUAACGGAUGGGGAGAUCCUCACUUUUUGACGUUUGGCGGCAAUAAAUAUGACUUCCAGGGGGUGUGCCAGUAUGUUCUGGUGCAGCAGAUCAAUGGUUCUGGGAUAGACUGGAAUUUUCACUUCAAAGUGCUUAUCGACACGUAUGAUUGUGGGGCCCAAGAUGGCGUUUCGUGUCCCCAGAACUUGAUCAUUUCCUACGAGCAGUACGAAAUUCGACUGGAGCGGACAAACAACACAACCGACAUAAAGGUAUUAUUGAAUGGGAUAAUUACACAAACUCCCUACAAAAUUCCAGGUAAUUUCUCCAUCGAUUACACUGGAAUCACCUUGACUGUGAACUUCGAGAAGAUUAACUCUAGGAUAAUCUUUGAUGGCCUAACGUUCUCCAUUGUGCUGUCACACGCAAUCUUUGGGAACAAGACGGAGGGGCAAUGUGGGAAGUGCAGCAACGUCCCGUCGAACGAUUGUCGCUUGCCAGACGGUGUCCCAGUUUCCUGUGCAGCCAUGGCAGGCGCCUGGAAUACGACCACGUGUAAUUACACCACACCAACACCACCACCAAGGCCACAUUGCCCAUCCCAGCCCUGCGACAUCCUCAAGAGCAGUUUGUUCGCUGAUUGCAACAAAAUGUUGUCCCCGGACAUCUAUUAUGAUUCUUGCGUCUUUGACAAGUGCGCACAAAAUACGAGCAAUGCUGCAUGUGCCAGUAUCAAGGCCUACUCCAAGGAAUGUGAAAAAUUCGGCUUCUGCAUUCCAUGGAGGGAAAACACAAAUGGGACAUGCGAUAUCACUUGUCCAGAAGGAAGAGUUUACCAUCAGUGCAGUACAACAUUUGAUAAAAGCUGCAAUUUGAAAGACAUCCCAGACAUCAACAUCAGCAACAGAACAUAUGAGGGAUGCUUCUGCCCAGAAGGAGAGUUUCUCUUGACCUCUACAGACUCCUCAAUGAAGGAGUCUUUAUGCGUAUCAGACUGUGGCUGUGCUGGAUCCAAUGGUGAACGUAAAAAGCUUAACGAAACGUGGGACAGCGACUGCAACGUUUGCGAGUGUAACGCCGGGACGCGCUCCGUGGUUUGCAAACCACUUGCGUGCCCGCCCUUGGGGUACAAUAAUUGCACUGAGCCCGGCUGGGCGAUCAGAAACUCCAGCGACGCCUGCUGCCCCAAGUGCAUGCGGGUGUGCCUUUACAAUGGAAUAAGAUACCCGGUCAGCGCCCAAGUGCCUUCGAUGGAUUGCUCCACUUGUGAGUGCACGAAUGAGACCGAUGAUGCAACAAAGUUUAACAAGAUCACGUGCGAGAAGAUAAUCUGUAAUCAGACUUGUCAAACGGGAUAUGAGUACGUGGACCAACAGGGGGCGUGCUGCGAGUGCAGGAAGAUAAACUGUACCUUUAAGAUGUCUGGAAGAGUAAUCUUGCUACAGCCUGGAGAGACUGUGCAAGACCCUCAAGACAACUGCACGACUCUGCAUUGUGAUUCUAUCAAUGGAGGGCCAAUUGAGAGCACACAAACCAUUCAGUGCUCCCAGAAUUUCAACCCUGACUACUGCCUGCCGGGAACGAUCAUGCUGGAUGAAGCAAAAUGCUGUAAAACCUGUAAUAUGUCACAAGGCGGUUGCCGACUGUUCAACUCGUCCAAGUACAUCUUCUACGACGCGUGCAGCAGUGUGGAACCCGUGGAGGUGGUGUCUUGCGAAGGCUCCUGCCCCACCUACUCCAUGUACUCGGAGCAAGGAAACAGCGUCAACCACACAUGCAAGUGCUGCAGAGACAUGAAGACUCGCCCACGGAGCACAAGCUUCCUCUGCUCCAACGGAACGCGGUUCGAUGCCACGUACACCUUCAUCGAGAAGUGCGGCUGUAAGGAGUUCGCCUGCGAUCGCAGCGUGCGCAGCAUCGCUGACGACUUGACCCUGCUAGGUGACGUGGGCCUCGAUAACGCUCACAGUCCCCGCCUGGUGCGCAAGAGAGCGCUGAGGGCACAGGCGAAUCCGUGAGUCGGGGCUAGGGAGACGUGAGGGCGGUCGUGAGCGGGUGCAGUAGUGACGGGGGAUUCUCAAUUAACCGCGAUAAACUGGUGGGGAAGCCUAUGUUCAGAUAAACACUAGUGAGGAAUUAUGAAAUGGUAAUUAAAAUAAACGAACAGCGUCGUGUUUAAUGAAGGGUUUUUUUUUUUUGUUCAGACCAUCCUGGCCAUAAUCACCCAAUCGCUACCAUUCAUAAUGCGUGUACAUGAACAGCCCUUUUGUCAAUCCACUGCUGGAUGAGGGAAUUCAAAUGCUGUGCGGGUCAUGGCAAUUACCGUAUUUGAAGGUGGGGAGCGUAGAUGUGGGGGCACAGGAGUGCAGUAAAACAAUGGAUUUUGCUGCACUCCCCUCUGCUACCUACCAAGUAGCUCCACAGCAGCUGACAACAAUCUGCUGCUGUGCAUGGUGAUCGUCCAUAAAAUGUCCAGGCUCAUUUUUGCUUAGCUUCCAAGUUCUGACUAGAUCAAGGACAUUCCGGAUGAUAUUGUCAUCGGCAGAAUUGAUAAUACAAGCGAGGUCAUGUAGUGCCUGCCACAACAAGCCAACCCAAGGGAUCAAUAACCAUUUAAAACUAUGACUCAACCUCUCGUCGCCCUCAACAUCGUCACCAACACCACGUGUUCGCAGUGCACAUCACCAGGAUCUCGUUUGGCCCGGGCAUUGCUUUGCUGUCUUCCAUGGGGAGGAAACGUUGAUGUCAUCGAAGUUCAGAGGUUUUAUGUCAAAGGGAAGGUGUAACGGGGGGUGUCCUCGCAUGUCAGAUGUGCAUGAGCAGAUCAGGAAACACCAAGCAAAAGACAUAACGAAGAUGGGUGAAAGGGUGUCAGGACGAAUAAUAGGCUAGACACCGGUAUUUUAACAUCGUGGAUUACCAAAUAACUACUGCAUAUGUGCGGUUAACGUAAUUGCAGAUAAUUGAGAGUCUGCUGCAUCGGAAUAGAUUGGAAAACAAUAUCUGGGCGGAAAAUGUUUAGAGAAGUGCAAGAUGUGGUAAAGUGAUUAUACCACUGGGUUGGACAACCCUACUGAGCUAAGCCAUAAUUUUAAAAGCACAACACUGACUAUUACAAGGUGAAUAUAAUUAAGUGGAAUAUUGGUCUUUUGUCUUACUGUUAUGAUACUUGCAUUAAGUUUAUGAUACUUGCAUCAAAUCAUAUGUGAGCAUUGUUGUAACACAUGAAAUAAAUAUGUAAACGAUCCGUUCAUAUCACAUGUAAGCUGUUGGAGCAGACAAAACUAUACAAUCAAUGCAGAAUAAAGAAGAUUGUAAAAACUUGACGGUUAUAAAAUGAAAUCGUGACCCUGAACAGUGACAAUGACAUUUAUGGGAAGAUGAAUUGUUACUUGCCUGAGAGUUUCAGAUGGGUGCAUUGUGUGUGUUGAGUGCUCUUUAAAAUCCAAAGUAACCUGUUGGAUUUCAUAGAGGAUAAAGGUAAGAGAUACAGGUAUGACCUGAACUGCAAGCAGCUAUAUUCACUAGCAUCUGAAUGUAUGUGACACAACUUGCCCAGAUUAAAUGUAUAUAUAUUUUUUCAUUAAUUUACUUUAUACACACUGAAAAAAAAAUCAAGAAACCAUGUUAACAAUUUAAGUGGGGGUUUUCUGUUGAACGGGUUAAAAUCUGCCUUGUG